AUGAACCCAGUUCAAGUAUCUUCUCCUGAGCUAAUGGAGGUCAUUCUCUCAGUUCAUAAACUAUACGAAGCACAGUACUCCAAAGACAAGGAUUUUUACGACAACCUUCUACUUCGAGACACGGGUUUCUUCUUGAGGCAAGGUCACAUAAAGGUGGUCACGCCCACCGAGCUUCUCCAAGACAUUCCGAGCCAAAAAUACAAUCUCAGCCCUCAGGGUAUGCGCCGUAAGCGCAAGGUUUUUCUUUCCUGUCUGGACGAUAUCAAAAGUGAUCAGCGACGCCGCGAACGAGCCAAGGACAAAAGAGCCUUAGCUCAAUCGAGUUCUGUGAAUACUGAAGGAUUGCAGAGCACCAGAUCCGGGGGAGCCGACAAAAGAAAACCAGAACCAGAAAUGGAACUCGAAGAUGCCGAUAUGUAUGCGCCUCUUAUUUGUGCAUUCAACGCUGCCUGUCCCCCUCCGAGGCCGCUCAGGGGGGAGAAGAUGCGUUGCUGCGAUAUUGGGUCAUCCGACUUGCCACUGGCUACUUCUAUCAAAGUGUUACCGGAUCUUGCUCUCUCGUUCGACUACCAGCCGAAUGGCACACACGACGUCUUCCUCCAUCCAGCCGUCUAUAUCGAAAUCAAAGCGGACGAAGUGUUUGACCUACCUUUCCAAAAGGCCAAGGAUUUCCUGAAGGAUCACGAGUUGACAGACUCACCCAAACAACUCUUGCUUCAAGUUCUUAGAUACGUGAAUCUAGGACAAGCCUCCGAGCUGCCCUGGGACUAUCUCUAUUUCAUCACCAUUACGGGAUCGAUUGCACGAAUAUGGAAAUUCACUCAUACUGGAUGUAUCGUUACCACUCCGAGUCGAUGCUUGGAAUCCCCGACGAGGGCCGAGUGGUUGCUGGCUGUUGAAGAUCGAGCCGAACGAGCUUUUUCAUCGUGUUGA